AUGAAAAGUACCGUAACAACUAUAAUAUUGAGUCUAAUAGCUACAACAGCAACUAUUGAGGCUUAAGGCUGCUGGAAGCAUGCUCAUGGAAGAGGUGCUGGAAAAGUAAUAACUGACUGUCACAAUGAUGAAGACAAAAAUGGAGCUCUAUGUUAUCCAAAAUGUAGAGAUGGAUAUCACGGUGUCGGGCCUGUAUGCUGGGGUUAGUGCACUAAUGGAUAUAAAGAUACUGGAGUUGAUUGCCUUAAACCGAAGUCAUACGGAAGAGGAGCUGGAUAUCCCAUUUGGGACCACAAAAAAUGCAAUCAUCAUCACUCAUAGGGUUGUGAAAAAUCAGGAGCUCUCUGGUAUCCUAAAUGCAAUAAUGGUUUCCAUAAUGUUGCUUGUUGUGUCUGUUCUCCAGAUUGCCCUAGUGGAUUUAGGGACAUUGGAGUCUCCUGUCAGAAACCCACCUAUGGAAGAUCUGCAGGAAAACCACUACACUGCUCUCCUGGUCUAGAAAUGUCAGGUACACUUUGCUACCCCCCUUGCAAGGCAGGCUAUCAUGGAAACGGUCCUCUUUGCUGGUAGGAAUGCCCUGCUGGCUGGCACAAUUGUGGUGCUAUGUGUACACCUACAUCUGAUGCUUGCACUUCAGCAGUAUUAAAUAUUGCUUAGAAUGUUGUUGAGACUGGAGCAGAAAUAGCGAUCGGUGCUUUUACAGGUGAAGCUGAUCUUCCAGCAAUCAUCAAUGGAGCAGGAAGCACAGCCUAAUCUUUGACCUAGGCUAGAUGUCCUUAACCUUAAAACCUAUACAUUUAAGUUUAGACUCCAGCCUACCCUGAGUUUUUAAAUGUCCAAUCUCCCUUCUUUGGUUACAUAGAAGGCUUAUAUCCUUUGAGAUCAAUAGCCUCUGCAGCUAAUAUUUACAGUUAGCUGAGUAGUGCUUAAAAUCAAAAAAUGAAUUAUGGGAUAAUAUAUGGCGGAUACAAUACAUUUACUCCAUAUGUUAGUCAAGAACUUUACCCAGUUUACAACCCAACUUUUGAGUAUAGAAAUGUAGACGGUUACUACUAUGACUAAUGA